AUGAGGAAGCCAGGAGUGGCAGAGAAGUAUGUGCGGGUGGUGCAGAACACAUAUGAGGAUAGUGAGACAAUGGUCUACAGGAUUCCUGCUCUCCUCUAUGAGAGAGACAGUAAAACUCUCAUCGCCUUUGCAGAGCAGAGGAGGACUCCAGAUGAUGCAAGUGGAGAAAAGCUGGUUAUGAAAAAAGCAGAGUGGUCAGAGCUCAGAGUGGUAAAAGAAGCCCAUAUUGAUGGAUACCGUCCCAUGAACCCCUGCCCGGUGUAUGACAAGGUCAACAAAAAACUUUUCCUGUUUUUCAUCUGUGUUGAAGACAGUGUCACUGAGCAGUGGCAGAUAAAAUGGUACUGUAACAAGGCCCGUCUCUGCUACAUUACAAGCACAGAUUUUGGAGAAACCUGGAGCGGUGUGACUGAUUUGACUGACAAACUGACUGAAAUAAAAGACUGGGCCACAUUUGCUGUUGGGCCAGGCCAUGGUAUUCAGACAGAGGACGGCAGAUUGAUUGUCCCAGCUUAUGCUUAUUAUUCUUGCUGCAGAACUUCUUGCUUGUGUUGCUGUUGUAAAUCAAACACACUCUCCCUCUAUAGUGAUGAUUCUGGUGAAAACUGGAAGUUUGGUGAAAUGUUUCCAACUAAAUCAAAUGAAUGUCAAAUGGCAGCGGUUUAUGAUGACAACGGCUCCAGUUUCAUCUACUGCAAUGCUCGGGCAGUGCCAAAUACUGUUGAGUGGAAGCUUUUCAGUGAGACUAAUGGUGUUACCUUUAGUGUGAUUAGAUGCUCUAAGCUUAAGGAACAGGCUCUUCGGGCUGUCAGGGAGUGUGAUCUCUUUUCCAGCUCAAAAGGAAAGUGGUAA